AUGGUGCCUCAUCCCUCGCGUGCGCGAGCUGUCCAAGUGACCCAUGAGACAGAGCAGCCCUUCCCCGGUGCCUCGGACGUCGAAGUGACCCGCGUCGCGUCCGCUCCGCCCAGCCCUACUCGCGUGCGGGGGAACUGCGCCGAGGCGGAAGGAGGCAACUGCCGAGGGGCGGCGAGGAAGCCCCGGGCUCGGCGCGGGGGGCGCAGCCGGCCCAAGAGCGAGCUGGCUCUGAGCAAGCAGCGACGGAGCCGGCGCAAAAAGGCCAACGACCGCGAGCGCAAUCGGAUGCACAACCUCAACUCGGCGCUGGACGCGCUGCGCGGCGUCCUGCCCACCUUCCCCGACGAUGCGAAGCUCACCAAGAUCGAGACGCUGCGCUUCGCCCACAACUACAUCUGGGCGCUGACGCAGACGCUCCGCAUAGCUGACCACAGCCUCUACGGGCUGGAGCCGCCCGCGCCGUCUUGCGAGGAGCUGGGCAGCCCGGACGACGGCUCCCCGGGAGACUGGAGCUCUCUCUACUCCCCGGUCUCCCAGGCGGGCAGCCUGAGCCCAGCCGCCUCCCUGGAGGAGUGCCCCGGGCUGCAGGCGCCUGCUUCCCCUGCCUGCCUGCGCCCCGGCGCCCUGGCUUUGUCAGACUUUCUAUGA